GCCACAUGUGUCAUGUCAACGUCAAUAAAAUUUUUUAUACCAUCUUUCUUCGUCCGCCAACAUCAAGAUUUCCAUUUUUUUUCACCAAGUUUUAUCAAUCCUUUACAAAUAAGUGCAUCGUAAUCCAGCUGGUACCAACUACCAACGAAACCCGUCGUAAAAUCGAUAAAACGAGUUCUAGGCGCGCCGCACGACCGAAAGCUGCUCGAACAAACAAGCACGUUUUCGUAGGUUACAGUAAAAGUUCUGUCAUGUCCCAUUAGCAUAACGAAAAACGAAAUGAACAAGAAAAAACACCAAAACGAGCCGCCGGGCGACAUCUCCUCCGAAUCGGCCGACGAGAACCAAAACAACGUCGAAUGCCCUCACAUCAACAAAGCCGUCGAUCUGACCAAGGUGAAGAAGGCCCUGACGCGCACGGGCUUCCUCACCGACUGCGAGGAGUGCGAGAAAACGCCCUUGGCCCUCGACAACGGCGACAUCGAGUACGACACCACCCUGUGGUUGUGCCUGAAAUGCGGCCACCAGGCGUGCGGCAGGGGCCGCAACAAGCACGCCCUCAAGCACUUCGAGACGCCCCGCUCGGAUUCGCACGCGAUGUGCGUCAACACGACCGUCUGGAGCGUCUGGUGCUACGAUUGCGACGAGGAGAUCAACUUGAGCGCCAAGAAGAAGCUGUUGGACGCCGUCGAGAACCUGCGGAAGCAGGCGGAAUCUAACAAAAUCAAGCAGAUACCGAGCAUACCUCAAGUCCACGAGAAAAUCACGGAAGUCAUCCCAUUGGCGUCGAAGAGUACCGGAACAACGCCGAAAACGCCGAGUUUGACCAAUUCCCUUUUGCCGAGGGCCAGAGGUCUUUCGAAUUUAGGAAAUACGUGUUUCUUCAAUUCCGUCAUGCAAUGUCUAGGACAAACGCCUUACUUACUUAAGUUAUUAGAGGAAACCUCCGUGGAGGAUCAAUAUUUUAGUUUGCCCGGCGGUAAAGUGACAUUAGAUAAUAAGGAAAACGCCGAAUUGGAGCCUUUAGAUGGUACUCUCGAGAAAUGGAGGCCUUUAACAAUGACAUUAGCUGAAACUUUAAGAGAACUUCAAUCUGGUAGACAAGAGGUGUACGUUCCCAGAAUGCUCCUAUCCAAACUUACCUCUAAAAUGCCGCAAUUCGGUGGCGGCGAUCAACAUGAUGCUCACGAAUUACUAAGACACUUGCUAGAAGCGGUUCGAGAAGAAGACUUGCGAAGAUAUAAAUCUGUUAUACUUCAAAAAUUAGGUUUCAAUAAUAAAACCGAUCCGUCGACGGUCGAAGGCGAUACGAAGAAAAUAAUUAAGUUUUACGGCCAACAGGCCUCCGAGAUGCUCUUACCCACCGAGCAAGUGUUUAGGGGCGUUUUGGUGAGCACGUUGCAAUGUCAAGAUUGCUGGCACACUUCCCAUAGAAACGAAUUCUUCCUCGAUUUAAGUUUGCCGAUAUGCGAGAAACAAUUACCGCCGGCGUUCAGAAGAAAAGCGGAAGAUCUCGACGAGAACAAGCCGUCCAAACAUCAAAUCAAGAAAGAGAAACGGGCCGAACGGAAGAAACAGAAAAAGCAAAAGGGUUAUAAAUCGACGACGACGAACGACGGCGCCGACGCCGCCGUCGCCGCCGCCGAAGCCGCCUCCGAAAGCGAAUCCGACGCCGACGUCGAAGACAACGCCGAGGAGUCGAUUUCGAAGGCCACUCAACGCGAAGACGUGCCGAAAGGCGCCGAAUCCGGCUACAAUUCGGACAAGAUCGACAACAGCAGUCCGGAUUCGAACAAUCGCAGCGUAUCGCCCGAAGUGGACGACAGCGGCGUGCCCAGUCCCGCCAUCGGGAUGUUGAACGCGUCUCCGGCCAGUCCGGAGAAUAGCACCGCGUCCAGCGAAACGAAUCUGAUCAGUUGCGGCAGUUCGAGCCCGCCCUGCGGUAACAACAGCCCCAACAACGAGCCGGCGGACGAAUUCGAACGGCCCGAAUCGCGACUGGCGUUUGUAAGUACCAUCGAAAUGGAUAUAAAAGUUGAGCUUGAAAAACUCGAAAAACUUAGCGUUGUAAAUGCCGAUAGCUCCGGCAAGACGACGGAGCCGUCGAAUCGAGACGAAGAUUGCGAUAUGGAGGGCGCGUGCGGUCCUCCGGUCGAACGUGAGGACGAAAAGAUGGACGAAGACGACGGGGCCGAAGACGACGAAGAAGAAGAUGAAGAGGAGGAGGAGGACGACGAGAAUUCCUACACCGGCACGAUUUCGCCCCGUUACCAAUGCAAAGAGGGCGAAUGUUCGGUGCAGUCCUGCUUGAACCAGUUCACCGAAUGCGAAUUGAUGGCCGGCAACAACAAAGUCGGCUGCGCCUCGUGCACCAAAAGGCGCGGGGGCCCCGACAAGAAGACCGUUUACACCGACGCCUCCAAGCAGUUGCUCAUCUACAACCCUCCCGCCGUGCUAAUACUGCAUUUAAAACGAUUCCAGGUAUACAGAUUCCGUUCGGCGAAAGUGAACAAGCACGUCCAAUUCACGACGUUGCUCGACUUGGCGCCGUUUUGCUCGAAGCGCUCGCGGAACCUUCCCACUUUCGAGGCCGGUCAAACGAAGGUGCUCUAUUCGCUGUACGGGGUGGUGGAGCACAGCGGCAGCAUCCACGGCGGUCACUACGUGGCCUACAUCAAGGUGAGACCGCCGUUGGACGGGGACAGCCAUCGAUGGCAGUAUUUGCCGAAGAACCAGAAGGAGAAGAUGUCGAAGGACGGGGAGCCGGAAGCGCCGGCCGGCAAAUGGUUUUACAUCAGCGAUUCGCACGUGUCCGAAGUGUCCGAAUCGAAAGUGCUAUCAGCUCAAGCGUAUUUACUAUUCUACGAAAGGAUUAUGUAAAUUUGUAUUAAUUACUACUUAGAGACGAUUGAUAAUGUUAAAUAAAUUAAAAU